CUCCGACCUCGCCCUGCGAUCUGCCGCCGAGCCGCCCGGUGUGUGGAUCAGCCUAUCUUCACUGAAUCAUUGCUUUAAUCACACUAACUUGACAACCAGUGUAUGCCAGCGUGUCAGCACCAAACUGAGGUGCUCUUGAUCAAGCAGAUCUUUCGAGGAUUUCUUUAAAAAGAAACUUUGGUGGUUGAAAGAUGUGCCAUGGAAUGGUAGCGCCGAAGAGCAACACAGGAUCGUCUCUUGCCUUGACUAGCCAUGGGUUGUUUCUUCUGCUAGUUAUCUUUGGUACCUUCAUCUUGGAAGCAGAGGCCACAGGUUGGCUCAGCAAAUCCAAAAGACCUGCAUAUUGUCCCCAGCCACCACAGCCUGAGAAUGGAGGCUACAAAUGCCACCCAAGCCCCUGCAACAACCCUCUGACUUCAGGCAGCGUCAUAGAGUACCUGUGCGUAGAAGGCUACAUGCUGAAAGGAGAUUAUAAAUACUUGACCUGCAAGAAUGGAGAGUGGAACCCAGCCAUGGAAGUCAGCUGCAGGCUCAGCCCAGAAAAGGAAUCUCCUCCAACAAUUGGAGUACCCACGCUGUCCAUAGUAGCCUCCACAGCAAGCUCUGUCGCCCUGAUUCUGCUCUUAGUUGUGCUGUUUGUUUUGCUGCAGCCAAAGCUAAAGUCAUUCCAUCAUAGCAGGCGAGACCAAGGCGUGUCUGGAGAUCAGGUCUCUAUCAUGGUGGAUGGUGUCCAGGUGGCAUUGCCUUCCUACGAGGAAGCAGUGUAUGGCAGCGCAGGGAACUGCAUCCCACCCUCGGACUCCCGGGUGCAGAUCGUGCUCUCAGAGGGAGCUGGGCAGAACAGAGCCAGAGAGAUGCAGCAGCAGGACCAAGGGGCUUGCAAUAGCUUCGAAAGAGAAGACGAAGCCCCAGGACAUUCUGGACUAUGUGAAGCCAGUGGCUCUCGGCGCUCUGAAACAGUUCUUGUGCAUCAGGCUGCCACCUCUUCCUGGGUAGCUGGCAUGGCUAGCAGUAGACCUGUACACAAAGAAGUCCAAGAUUCAGAAAGCAGUGACAUACAGAGCCUUUUAUCACUCACUUCCUCCGAGGAAUACACAGAUGAUAUUCCAUUAUUGAAGGAAGCAUGAGGCCUGCUGUGUUUGUCUAGCCUUCUCCCUCUUGGAUUUCUUCCUCCCUCUCUUGCACCUGCCUUCAGGACAGAAGCACUCUGUGCAGCCUUCCCCAUCCUUGCAAGCUGUGCCCUGGAUACCUCCAAGCAGAGAUGCCCUCAGCUGAAGAUCCAAAGGAUGUUGCCAGGUUGCCUCCUGGAUGCACCAGUGGAGUUGGUGCAGCGCUGGCUUCCCCAUUCCAUAAGCAUCAGGGGCUCAAGGAACGGAGUGGAUUUGAGCUCUACUCUCCUCUUCCCCAGCCAGAUGUUUGACAGCAGUCUCAGAAGAGCUGCUCUUUUCUUGUGCCUUUCUCCUCCUCACACCGGCUUGUUGCAGCUUAUCAGCCUUUCCAGCCCUUCUGCUGCCUGGAGAGCAGGGGCUAAAGCUCCUUGCUCACUGGCUGCAGACACAGUUUAUAUAUAGUGCAUAUGUUACAUAGGCUCUUCUUCCAGCGUCCUCUGUCACAGGGCAAGACAAAAUGCAUCACUGGGACUGAAGCUGGGCUUGGGAGGGAUCCCAGUGAAGGGGCAGCUUGUGAUGUCUAGAAGCACCUCAGAUGAGAUGGACUGUGACAGCUUAGCUGUGCAAUAACAGUUCAUUGAGAAUUGCUAGAGUGCUGAAGGCUGAGAGUCCAAUGUGUAAACCAUCUGCAGGAGUCCAUUCCUGAAAAUCACCACCACCUUCUCCUUCCUUCUCUACCCAUGCAGCCCACUUAAUUAUGCUGUGUUUCUAGAAGCUAGGGCUGGGACUGUGCUGCCAAUAAAACAAUCCUUUUGGCUUUGGUGUGGUGCCAGAGCAGCUCCUGGUAUUGGGUUGUAGAAGAGCCUUGCAGAAUUGCCAGUGGUUAGCAAGGUCCAGAAAGCUUAGAGGAUGUUAACCCAACCCUGUUGGCCCCAUUCACUGAGACAUCAGGACUGGAACCAAAUUUAUGGCCCCUGCCCUCCUGAAUAAGCUCUGUGUCUUGAAGCUCUUUCAGUUAAGGUGGUUCUGCACAAAAUCUUGGGUUCCUUUGGUCAGAUCUCCAGGCAGAAACAACCCUUUUGAGAUGGUAACUAUUCUCUCAGAGGCUUGUGUGUCUUGCCAGCAUCAUACAGCAAGAGUCUGCUGUUUUAUCCUUAUGGGCUUCAUUGGACCCACAGAAGGGCUUUUUCCUUGGGGCUGGGUGUGAGCAGCAUUUAUAAAGUCUCUCAGAAAUACAACACAGUUGCCUGUUUCUGUGAGGCAAGUUUGGCUACAUUGACAGCAGUGCCAGAGGACACCAUAACUUAUUCCUGAACCUAUGUUUUGAAGAUCUUUCAAGUUCUGAUAGCAGGGAAAAGAAAACCCAGAAUUAUGUAUACCUCUGCCCCCUGGCAAAAGUUAUCCCCAGCAGGUCAGAACAUCCUGGUUGCUAUUAAUAGGACUCUGUUUUUGCUGGAAGCCACAUUCAUCUGGGCUAGGUGAUCCAAUCACAAAAGCAUUCUCUACACCGAGGAGGUCUGGACACUGUUCUGUGGGAUUGGUUUCAGCAAGAAGUUGGUUUCUUAGAUGCAUGUACUUUGUCAUAGCUGUCUUGAAGUAACCAGGGAAGUGUUUGCCCUUUAAGAAGCUGCUGAAUUUGAGUUGAAGGAGCAAAAUGUCAUGGCCUUACACAUGGUGUGGUAAUGUGCAGGUAAAUAGGGAUGCUGUCUUCACAGCUUUGCUUUUGGUUUAUGAUCCUCACUGUCCUCAUUGCUCUGGGAACAUACCAUCAUGGCACUUGGUGUAAGUGCCACAACACCUUUAUACAUAAAAUCACUAUGUCUGAGCUCCAGUUCCUGGAAAUGGAGAUUGGCCAUAGUAUCCAGCUACCUACUGCUGCUUCCAUUCCUGAUUAGCUGUUAAGUCCCAGGACAUCUGGGAGAGUGUGUGCCUGGGGAUGGAAGAAUACCAUUUUCCCUAUCCAUGUUUCAGAGGGAUGUUAUUAAUUUAAAAAUGCAGUGCUUUAAACUCCCUUCCCUGUUGCAAAUGAUACCUUGCAUUAACACAAGGAUUUGAUAAAUGCCAUUUGAGUAAUGCUUUGUUCAGUUUGAAUGACGACAGUGCCAUGUUCUUUAGCAGUGGGCUGCAGUGUCUCAGCUUCAAGCACUGUGCAGGGCAAGUGUUGUUUACACAUCUGGUGUUGGAGUUGUAGAAAAUCAGUAUGGGGAGGUUUGUAUUUUGGUUUUUGCUCCUACCUUGGACAUGACCUAAGCUCAAGCACAUUUUCUCAUUCACUGGUUUAUCAGGACAGAUGGAGGAAUUCAGUGACCGUAGUCUUAGGGAGCAUGGAGGGAAGACUACAAGACUUCUUUCCUGCUACCUAACCGAGUUGGAGCAGGAGGAGUUGCUCUUUAUGCAUUUAAGGUCCUGUCUACUCAAACUGACCCUCAGCAGUCAAGGUGUAGAAGCCUUCCUGCAAGAGACAGUGCUUUAACUCAGUGUUAGCACUGGGGUGGUGAGAGAAUCCCCCAACAGAGCUGGAGGCCUAACCUUGCCCUGGUCGAGUGCUUGUUCCACCAGCAGAAUGCAUGUACCAUGUCACUCUGUCUCCUGCCUCUGCUGUUGUAAAGCAAUCAGAUGCCAGUUGGGAAGAGAAAAUUCAGUUUAGGAGAAGAGGUGGAAGCAAGCUGCACAGAAGAGUGCUUUGAUUUUGGUUUUUUUUUUUAUAGAAUUGUGGGAAACAGCUUUAAUCAGAAGUGGGGGGGAAGUGCAGAGGUGGAGGAAAAUAUGCAAGCGUAGAUCUUGUGAUCAGGCAUAACAGGCACCUUCUGUUGGCUUGCUGAGGGUAAAUCAUCAGCUCCCAGGCCAGUUUCUGCUGUGCAGUGCUUGCAGGAAAGCCUGUCCCUUGCAGCAGCACUUGUAGGAGCAGGCCCCAAGGACCCGUGCAAGCCUGAAGAUGGAACAUGGUCUGGGGGCGUCACAUUCGUCUCGCUCACAUCUUCAGCUUUAGAGUUAGUUUCCAUAUAAAAUGAGGUAGAAUGGCUGUGGAGGAACCAGAGAGAUGUUUACUUGGCAAUGUUUUUCAAGGGGGAGGGGGAGCAAAGCCUCACUUGACUGAUUAUCAAGUGAUGGUUAUUCAUUCAUGUUUCUAUUCAUUAUGCAGAGGCUGAAGGAUUGGGAAAUAUUUUUGGCAGAGAUUUAGGAAGAACUAUAAAUUGCACAGUCCUGUAUUUACUGAUGGGAGUGAGGGCUGAGGCUUAAAGAUCCCUGUGUUGCAAGCUCUGCUCAAUCUCAGGAGCAUUCAUUACCUCUGAGUAGAGUUUUCUCUUGUCGUCAUCUAUGGCUCUUGCCAUAGGUAUGUGCAGCCUGGAUCUCAGCGUGGUAGAUGGGGAGGACAGGGGUUCAGCCUUGCAAGAUGUAACAUUGAUUUAUUCUUUUUACCAUUAUUUUUUUUAUGAUGGGGCCACAACUUCUUUGCCUUUUUUCCCCACCUAUGUCUGGCAAAAGAAUUCAAAGGGAGGCUUUUUUUUUUUUGUCUUAUUUAACACUCCCAACAUAAUCAUCUCAUCCUCUUUGUCAUGCUGGAUCCUAUGACAUUCAAGAACAUUAAAAUGAUAUAAUUACAUUGGAAGGAUAAAAUAGCACUUGUUUCAAACAUUUAUGCUAUUUUUUGGAGUCUGAUAGAUUACAAAAACAGGGCAUUUCAAAAAUUUGGUGUAUUAUGUGCAAUAGAAAAAAACCUCCUUGUUCCCUUUCAGUUACAUAGUUUGUUUGUGGGGUUGGUUUUUAUUUUUAUUAUUUGUUUGUCUGGUUUUUGUUUUGGUUGGGUUUGUUUUAAAAAAAUAAAAUGCAACCUACUGCAGUGUUUACAGCCCAGGCACUGCAGAACUGGACCAGCCUGAGGGAGCCAGAAAGUGAAGCUGACAGUAACCCAUGGGGAAGUGAGGCAGUCUCCUGCCAAUCUGCAUCAUGAAGCUCAGCUCAAACAGUAAGCCAACUUGGAUUGUGUUGGAGCCUCCUGCCACCUUGAAGGGGGUCAGCAGUGGUACUGGUGAGAGAGAUGAGUUUGUGUGUUCUGGUUGUAAAUGGCUUGCAGCUCCCCAACAGAAGAGGUAAAAAAUGAAAUCAGGAGAGAUGUGCUGCAACACGUGAGCCUGUGGAGUUGUUGCAGACAUGAAACGGGAGGGAGAAAAGCAUGGGGGAGGGGGGAAGGCGGUUUGUCCUUUUUCCUUGACCACCAGGCAACUUGGUGUGUAGAAGAAUGCUUGUCAGCAAGUGUGCUGCUUGUUUACUUGUUGAAUGUCUUCCCUGAGGUUUCUCUGUGGCCUUUCAGUGUGGAUGUGAUGCUUUUAUUCGACCUUUCAACGCAUGGAGAAGUCAGGUGUGUUAGGAAGAAAUCUGUUCUGGGGAGGAAACAUCCGAAGGUGCUCCCAGAGGUAGAUGACAUGGGCCAGUACUGAAGAGUCAGGGUAAGACAGUAAAAGGCUCAGCCACUGGAAUUAAUCUGGGAUGAUUGGCAACAUUUUUCUGUGCUGCAUUUGCAGCACAAAAAAGGAAACACAAAAUGGGGACUAAGGAAGAGCUGUGACUGAAAACAGGGGUAUGCUGCAGGCUAACAAGGGUGCUGUAAGGGAGCUUGUGCUUUGUUGAGAUGGUUUAGCAGACACCAGCAGGCUUGCUGUAUAAAAAAAAAAAUAUUGGCAUACAACACACUGAGAUGUCCUUGCUGACCUUUUUAGAAUGUGUUUGCAAAACCUGGUUUUACUGUUCUGGUAGCAGUUGUUUUGGGGAAAAAAAAGGGGGGGCAAAAAACUCUUAUUCUAUCCAGAUAACUAAUUAAAUCAGUUUCACUUUCUGGUUUCUGUAAAUAAAUGCAAUAAAUCCCAUCCACUUUGCACAUCCUGUCUCACCCCAUCCUCACCCUUUACCAGGGAGCUGCAGUUUGAACUUGCUCUUUGUGAAAAGCCUUGUUUUGCAGAAGAACUUAAUUAGAAAACAUUUAUUAUCUUUGAAAAUGCAGAGGGGUUUCUUAGAGCAGGCUUCAUUUUAAGACAUAUUUUUAUACAGGAGAUAAGCUUCCCCCCCCCCCCAAUCCUCCAUUCCCUCAUCCCACCCUUCCACACCAGGGCAGAGCACAAUUCCCACACUUCUCUUCAAACUCGACCCUCUGUGUCUGAUGUACCUGCCAGAGUGGGUUCUACUGAUGCUCUGCAUAUACUUUCCAUAAGCUGUGCUUUUGCUUCUGCCCUCGAGUAAGCAAGGACAGAGGCAACUGAGUUGCACUGGAAAAUGUUUUAGUUCUGAUUCUCAAAUUUGCUUCCCUUCAAAAGAAAACAAACGAAGCUGUCUGUGGAGCAGAUGUCCUCUGAUGUGGUGGGUAGGCUGAUGGUAAUUGCUGAUGCAAAUGCAAGGGGAGCUUGAUUGCCUUUGUGCAUUACUCUUUCCUUCUUUCCUGUCUGUUUUCUUUUUUUUAUCUGAAUUGCACCACUAUGGAAUUAUUUGCAGAAUGGUACUCCUUAUAUAUGUGGGAUUUCACAACAGAACCAUAAUUGAUGCUGUGCAGGAUGUCACUCGAUCAGUUUUAUUUUGCUUUAUUUUAUAUAUAUUUUUCAGGUAUCCUGUACAUUGCAGUGGGUGUGAAGAUAGUAUUUUAAUAUUUGUACAAAGUUUAAUUUAAUUGUUCUAUGUAUA